AAAAAGUGUUUUUCAUUCUCUCUAAUUCCAAUGAAGUUUGCCUUGAUGCAAUAUGUUAAAAAGCAUAAACCAAGAAGCAUUUUUCAAGCUCUUUUCUCAGUUUAACUCAGAAAACGAAUCAAAAAUCGCUCUUUCCAAUGACACCAAGUUACUUUUUUCCAGGAAGAAAUCCCUUUAUAGAAAAACCAUGUCCGUAUCACGUCACUGACCCCCCUGUCCCUGACUAAUUAUGUUAAUAAGCAACGGCGCGCCACUGGCAACUGAUUUUUCCAGCGUUGCCACGUUGUCGGGUUGUUGUCCGAGACCCGCUAUCGUCAACUGGAAAAUGGACCCGAACAUGGGCCACGCUCCGCCGCCACUCAACAGCGGCAACGUCGCACUGAAUCCUACAGUGGCUCCAUCUGUACGUCAUCAAAAUCCCGCGACGCCUACUACGGCGUCGCUUUAUCCAAGUGCUAGUUCGGCCGGAUUACCACCGGGCGGACACCCUCUGGCCUCAAUUGUAUCUCAGCAGAGGUUUUUGGAAUUGUCCAGAUUCGGUUUGAGGCACUAUGAUUUGGCUCAGCACAUGCUGACUCAGCAAGGAGCCGUAACGAAACUUUUAGGUACAUUGCGACCGCCAGGUUUGAUUGGCGGCAGCAAACCGAAAGUGGCGACGCCAGCGGUGGUUUCAAAAAUAGAACAGUACAAAAGAGAAAAUCCUACUAUAUUCGCUUGGGAGAUACGGGAACGGCUCAUUUCGGAAGGUGUCUGUACGAACGCGACAGCGCCAUCUGUGAGCAGCAUCAACCGGAUACUGCGCAACCGCGCCGCCGAACGCGCAGCUGCCGAAUUCGCCCGCGCAGCCGGCUACGGCCUGUACCACCCGCACCAUUACGCAGCCGCCGCCUUCCCGUGGCACUCGCCCUUGUGGCCGCAAGGCCCUCUCGGCCUCACCCCCAGUUCGAAUCCUUCAGGCGUCAGCCCUUCGUCGAGCAGUUCGCCUUUGCCAGGCGAACAUCACAGCUUACUAAACUCGCCGCCAGGUGGCGGCCCGAUGGACAAGGACGAUUCGAGCUUGGACAGUUCCGAACAGCCCAAGUUCAGGCGGAAUCGCACCACAUUCAGCCCGGAUCAAUUGGAAGAAUUAGAGAAGGAGUUUGAAAAAAGUCACUAUCCUUGCGUUAGCACCAGGGAGCGGCUGGCAUCUAAAACAUCACUGUCCGAAGCCAGAGUUCAGGUUUGGUUUUCCAACAGACGAGCAAAAUGGCGUCGACAUCAGCGCAUGAACUUGCUAAAACAAACGUCGGCGCCUUCGGGGGGCGGCAGCCAGCAGGGGGCGCUAUUCGGCUCGAGUCGGUUGACUCCGUCGCCGCCGUUACGUCAUCACUACAAAAGUUCCGACCGUGGGUCGCCCCUUACGUUGCCCAACGCCGCUCUACAAUUGGUCCAAAUGGGAGGCGAAAAUAGCGCAUUCAAAGCCCUGAUUCCUCCUACAACCGCUUCCAAAGCCUACUACGAUUCGAGCGACGAAGAAAUUAACGUCAAUGACGAGUCAGAUGUUGAAGAUGAUUUUCGACGUUCGAAAUCCAGUAGUCCGGUUGACGUUGUUGACAGUUCGCCGCCCCUGUCCAGCCCUAUGCAGCCUUUACAGCUCACCAUGCACGAUCGGGAUUUAUAAAUUAAUCAAACUUGUUAUAUUUGUUCCUUUGUACCUGUAAGAUUUGGCAACGUCGCAUUGUUCUAUAGUUAUGUAUAUUCAGUGAUGUUGUCAGUUUUCUUUAUUGUACCAUACCUAUUCUAUUUAUUUUUCCGUUUACGAUUUAAGGUGUAAAUAUUUAUUAUUUAAAUAAAUUAUUAUUAUUGAUCGAUUUUUGUUUGUUUUAUUGGUAGGAAUGUUUUCGAUUGAACUGAAUUUUAUGUGAUGAAGAAAGAGAAAAAAACAGUCAGCAGUGCGGGAGAAAAAAAGAGAAAAUAAUUUUGCCUAUAACCUAAUUUUCAGUAAUAAGGCAAUCCAACGACCUAUCAAAAAAAAU